GGGCGCGUGCUGCGGCGGUGGCGGCGGGGCCGGGGAGGCGCGCGCCGAAGGAGACUGAAGCGGCUGCCGCUGCUGCUGCUGCUGCAGAGAGCGAGCUGAGCCCGGGACGGACGGACAGGCGGCGGGACCGGCGCACGGACAGACGGGCGGGCGGACACACGCACCAUCCUCCCAAUAACAGAGACAGCUUUGAAGCCACCAAAGCCCAAGCUGCGGAGUGCUUUGGUUUGCAUCGAGUGGCAGUCCGUGCGUGCCCAGCGCUCCGACCAGCACCAUGGGGAAGCAGAACAGUAAGCUGGCCCCGGAGGUGAUGGAGGACCUGGUCAAGAGCACCGAGUUCAACGAGCACGAGCUCAAACAGUGGUACAAGGGCUUCCUCAAGGACUGUCCCAGCGGCCGCCUCAACCUUGAGGAAUUCCAGCAGCUCUACGUGAAGUUUUUCCCCUACGGAGAUGCUUCCAAGUUCGCCCAGCACGCCUUCCGGACCUUCGACAAGAACGGCGACGGCACCAUCGACUUCCGAGAGUUCAUCUGUGCCCUCUCCAUCACCUCCAGGGGCAGCUUCGAGCAGAAGCUGAACUGGGCUUUCAACAUGUAUGACCUGGAUGGUGACGGCAAGAUCACCAGGGUGGAGAUGCUGGAGAUCAUCGAGGCAAUCUACAAGAUGGUGGGCACGGUCAUCAUGAUGAAGAUGAAUGAGGACGGGCUGACGCCGGAGCAGCGAGUGGACAAGAUCUUCAGCAAGAUGGACAAGAACAAAGACGACCAGAUCACGCUGGACGAGUUCAAAGAAGCGGCCAAGAGCGACCCUUCCAUUGUGUUACUGCUACAAUGUGACAUUCAGAAAUGAGGCUGGGCGGACCAGGACUUGCCCAUUUCAGUCUGCAGCUACACACACACACACACACACACACACACACACACACACACACGCACACACACAUACACGCACACACGCGUACACACAACAUUGCUUGGAUUACCUGUAUCAAUGGAUUUGCUUUCUGUGUUUGAAACACUUGUGUGCAUGAGAAUUUUAUUUGCUAAAGAAUUUUAAAAGUCUAUAUUAUAAAAAGAAAAAAAAAAGAGGACCCAAACUGCGACCACGUGAUGUGUACAAUGUCAUUUCAUGCCCCUCCCCCAUUCAUGUCCUCCCCCUGCCCUUCAUGCUCUGCGUCCCCUUGACUCAGUAAUGAAUCCCCCCAAUUCUGUAACUAACUGUUCGAUCUAAGCUGCGUCGCCGUCCCCACUGCCAAGUGCUGCCGGACAGACAGACAGACAGACGUCGGUCCGUCCCGUGCUUCCUCCACCCUCUCGCUCACUGCGGGGAGCCUGUUCCCCUCUCCAGAGCUUGUGCUAUCAGUGAAUGUCGAUGUGUCUCAUCUGCAUGCAUGCCUCUUAGACGGGUCUGCCUUCAAUCUGGUUUCAUUUGCAUCUUUUCCACCUUGGAAGACCUAUGUGCGAGGAAUGCAGUAUCACAUGUAACAACCCCCUGCUCAAAUGCUCCCUUAAUUAAGACAUCUAUCUGUCUAUCUAUCUAUCUAUUCACAAACACACAAAAGUCUAUUUAUUGGAAGUAAAAACAAGGUUAUUGGAAGUGUAUGGAUUUCUGCUUGAAUUUUCAGAAGCUUCCAAAGAGGUUGCAAUAUAUGACCCAAAUAAAUUUAUAAUAUUUGA